AUGAGCAUGGAUAAGAUGGAGGACUACAUCUACCGCGGAGCUGCCUCUCCAACUCAUGUCUUUCCUCGUGGGAGGAGCUCCAAUCAUGAACAGCACCUGCGAGGUCAAACAGCCGAUUCGCAAUAUGUUUCUUGGUCGACCAAUUGGUCUAUUGCUGCCAGGUUUGGGCUGGACUACUGCGCAGAUCAGCCUAUUGUCUUGCGGGUGGCCAGAAAGUAUUUGGAAAGAUGUUCUUGCGAAGAUGCUGAGAAGACAGUGAAGGAUAAGGGCUUAGAAUCUGACCUGAAAGCCAAAUUCAACGAAUCUGAGAUCAGCUACUUUGGACAUGCUUACGAAGAAGAGGUCAAGAGGCACUGUGAAGUGCUUGUUUUGGAUAAAAAGUCUGCCAAGGUGGAUCUUGAAGGCUGGUACAAGGUUGAUGUGAAGACGGGUGAGAUCGGUGAGCUGGCUGACAAGGGAGAGAUGUCCUCACAUGAUCGUUUAAUGUUCGAGGUGGUGGGUUUACCGGUGCCCAAAGACUUUGCUGAACGACCUCCAGAAAUUGGGUGA